AUGGCUUCGCUGCCCUACCGCCGUGCAUCUCGUCAGAGCUCUCGGAAAGCAUCCAGUGAUCCUAGGGAAGAUUUGGCAGUUCAUCUAGACCAUUAUAUUGGCAUUGACGUCGGAACUGGCAGUGCUCGUGCCUGUAUUAUUGACGCCAAGGGGGACAUUGUGGGGUUGGCUUCAGAGAAUAUUGGCCUCUGGCAACCGGAGCACGGUUAUUAUGAACAAUCUACCUCCGACAUUUGGCAUUGCAUUUGUGUUGCUGUUCAGCGUGCUGUAAGCCAACACAACAUCAAUCCUGACACGGUUCGGGGCAUUGGAUUCGAUGCCACUUGCUCCUUGUCGGUUUUCUCCAAUGAGACCGACGAACCAAUCUCUGUGACUGGUCCUAACUUUGACUCUGACCGCAACGUUAUCUUGUGGCUGGACCAUCGCCCCGUGGAGGAAGCUGCAAAGAUCAAUGCUACCAACCACAACUUGCUCCGCUAUGUUGGAGGAAAGAUGUCCAUAGAAAUGGAGAUCCCCAAAGUUCUCUGGCUGAAGAACCACAUGCCUAAAGAGCUCUUUGAAAAAUGCAAAUUCUAUGAUCUGGGGGAUGCGCUUACCCACAUUGCGACCGGCAACGAGAAGCGAAGCUUCUGUAGUGUGGUCUGCAAGCAAGGAUACGUACCCGUUGGUGUUGACGGGAGUGUAAAGGGUUGGCAAGAAGAUUUCUUGAGAGACAUUGGCCUGGGCGACUUGACUGAAGAUAACUUCAAGCGUAUGGGUGGAGUGGAUGGGGUGAAUGGGGACUAUUUGAGUGCGGGUGAGUUGGUUGGUACUCUCUGUGAGAAAGCUGCAGCCGAACUGGGCCUGCCAGCCGGAAUCGCCAUCGGUAGUGGUGUGAUUGAUGCCUAUGCUGGUUGGAUCGGUACUGUUGGAUCCAAGGUCGAUCUGGGCUCAGGUCAAUCGAGUGCAGAUGUCCCCAAACUUGAUAGAUCGGAAGCCUUUUCUCGUCUUGCGGCUGUCGCAGGAACCUCAACAUGUCACCUUGCCAUGUCUCCAGAUCCAGUCUUUGUGGAUGGCGUCUGGGGCCCAUAUCGGGAUACCAUUCUGCCUGGAUACUGGAUGGCGGAGGGUGGUCAAUCUGCCACGGGAGAAUUGCUUAAGCAUGUCAUUGAAACCCAUCCGGCAUUCAACCAGGCUAUUUCGAUCGCCGAGUCAUACCAUGCCAACAUCUACGAAUAUCUGAAUGAGCAUCUAAAAGAGAUGGCACACGGCGAAGGCGCCCCAUGUGUUUCCUAUCUCGGACGACACUUUUUCUUCUACGGCGAUCUGUGGGGCAACCGCUCUCCUAUUGCCGAUCCCAACAUGACUGGAUCCAUCUUUGGCCUGACCAGUGACAAGUCGGUUGAUGGCCUUGCCAUUUACUACUAUGCCACUUUGGAGUUCAUUGCGCUACAAACGAAGCAGAUUGUAGAGACAAUGAACAAGGCCGGCCACCGGAUCACCUCGGUGUUUAUGUCGGGCUCACAAUGCCAGAAUGAUAUCCUAGUCAACCUCGUUGCAUCUGCUUGCGAUAUGCCCGUGCUGAUCCCUCGGUAUAUUCACGCUGCAGUAUGUCAUGGUGCUGCUAUGUUGGGUGCCAAAGCUGCAAGCGCCGAUUCACAGGGCAAAACCGAGGACCUGUGGGAUAUCAUGGAACGAAUGAGCAAACCAGGCAAGAAAGUGUUGCCAACGGAGGAUAAGAACGAAAAAGCCUUGCUAAAUGUUAAGUAUGAAGUCUUUCUGGAGCAGUGUUUCAAACAACAGAAAUACCGUUCCCUGGUGGACAAUGCCGUGGGGGCUUGGAAGUCCACCUGA